AUGACGUGGUUUCGAGCAUCAUCGUGCUUCCUGGCCCUGUCGUUAUUAGUAGCGCCAAUCUUAGCAUCAGUCUGCCCUGAUGGAUGCCUCUGCAGUACAACACGAGAUGGCCUUCAUCGGGCCACCUGUAGCAGUCUCACCGAGUUGUACAAGUUCAGUCUUCGUCAGAAACAUCAUAAUAUCAAUAUCCUGGAUCUCUCACAUAACAAUAUUACGAAACUGAACCACGAGCUCGACCGACUAACUGAAGUCGUCACACUGGAUCUCUCCACUAAUGGCAUCCAGACUGUCAACAAAUUCUUCCACAAUGCUAAGAAAUUAGUACAUCUUAAUCUAGCUAAUAACAGGAUUCAGAAACUUUCUCUAUCACAUUUACCUUCCAGUGUUAGCUCAUUGGAUUUGACUAACAAUUUAAUGAAGGAUGUACCUUCGGAUUAUGCAGUUUUAACCGGAUUGGAACAUUUAGAAAUGGAAGGCAACCCCCUCGAUUGUUCAUGUGAAAACUUAUUGGCACGGGAUCGUUUGCUUCUUGCAAACGUAUAUAUAGAUAAUGUCAAAUGUGUUUCACCUGACAAAGUUAGAGGACGAUCGUGGUUAGAGCUAAAAUCAAAUAACAUUUGUAAAACCCAUACGCCAGAAAACUUUUUGGAUAUGAUGAUGGGAGAUCAACCAAUAGAUGCAGUAGAAAUUGGCAAAGAAACUGAUGCUUUGAAAUCGCUUCCAUUAGUAGGAAAAAAUGAUUUAGAAGAUGGUAAUGUUAUACAAAGCGGUGCUGUUGUAGAGGAUGACGAUCAUCUGCAAUUUUUAAAUGUCAGACAUACUACAUCGUCAUCACUAUUCAAUAAUAUCGAGGGUUCCGGUAGUGGUGAUGACGAACAUACGACAAUGGUAAUAUUUACUGAACCCAGAAUGCAACGUAAAAUUAAUUCGGAGUUAUUAGAAUCAGAACAGAUGAUUAAUGCUGAUGUUGAACAGACUACAGAAGACCCCAAUGAAGGAUCGGGUGAGGGAUCUGGUUAUAUUCCGUUUGUUUUUGCACAUCACGAAGAAACCACAACUGCAAUUUAUGAAGAAUUUAAUCCAGGAGAAGUUCAUAGAUUGAUUACAGAUGUUGAUAACUUUAGUCCUGAAUUUCCUACACCCAAGCUUCCAGUAGUAUAUCAAGGUGGUCCUCAUUGGAAUGUAGAGUCUGAUCCAGAAAUAAUUGAAGAUUCUUCAGAAAAGCCAGUAGUAACUACGCCAUCUUCAACGCCUCGUGAUACUACAGUAUCACAACAAAUUCGAGUCACUCAUUCAUCUGAAGUACAUAGACAACUGACUACAGAAAGUGAAAAUCCAGCUCCUCAUAAGACGGGUACAUACGUUUGUAUAGCGAUCAUUGUUGUGCUAUUGGUAGGGUUAAUAGGAUUUGCUAUAGUUAAAGGUCAAAUGAGAAAACGGCGAGACAGAAGGUUAUUACGUCAACAAAAACGAGAUAUUGAAAAGGCGUCUAAAGAAAUGGUAGAUAUGAACAAGUCUCUCCUUGGAAAAGCUGCUGGCGGUUUAGAACCUUCUGCAGAAAAGAAAGUCAACGGCAAAUAUGAAUUAGUUCCUACACAUGAGUCUCCUCAAAAGAAAAGUGAAAAUGGAGACCUUGCUAACAGUGUAAACCAUGGUAAUAAUAAUGGUGUGAGAACAGAUAGUCCGAGAGAUACUAAUCAAAAUAAGAAUAGCUCAAGAGACAAUAAUUUAGUCGAUGAUAAACCACAACAACAUGAAACUUCGUUUGAUACCGAACCUACAUCACCCGAUUCCAGAAAGGAUACCAAUUCCUUAUCAAGUGAGGAUAUAUUUGUACCUAUCAACGAUGAUGAAAACCCAAAACUGAACGGUACUCGUGAUUCCGAUGUGUCACAGCCAUUAAUAAAUGGGGACCAAAGUACUGAUAUCGAUUUCUUAUCACCGUCUCGUGAAUACGUUCCAGUAUAUUCCCCCGACAUGGGAAGAGUUCGUAUAAAGAUGACAGAAACGCCUAAACCCAAAACACCUGUACUAGUCACCAGAAGUAGAUCAAACGCUGGCGACAUCAUCAUAACUCCUACAGACGCUCUCAAGUCUAGCACUUGA